UGAGUGUUAACUGGACUGUUGAACUGGCCCGUGAUAAUUCUCAUCUUCAGGGGGGCAAGUGACAGAUUUUAAUUACUGUCAUAAUGCUUUUUUCUUUCUUUCUUUUUGCACUUCUUCUGACGGAGAUGUUGAGGGAAAACUUUUUCAAACCACAAAAAAGGGAGCAGAGAUUCUUUAAUAACUUUAAAUGUAGAUGCAGCCCCCUUCCCCCCUUGAAAUAUUAUGAAGAAUGUCAGAACCACAGCAAACUGAAGGAGCCUGCACUCCGGUUAUCCACACUGUCAUUUUUGAAAAACCAUAAUACCACCCCUGUUAAUAGUUAAAACUCCUCACAGUUGAGAUUAAAACAUCUUUGAUGAUUAUGCCAAAGCAUUUCAUUUUUUUCUUUCUCUCUCUCUCUCUCUCUCUUUUUUUUUAGUGAAAGGCUGUGGAACAGUCAUGAUAAAUCUCAGAUCCAAAAAAGGAGAUUUUUCUGAAAUAAUAAGUUCAUUCUGCCUCACUUGUAAUUAGUCAGCUCAGACAUUUUAGCUUUUCUGACAGCCCCCUCUCCCCUGUCAUACUUUCAGCUAAAACUAAUGCAUAUCAUUACAUUUCCCCAUAGAAAGGACCUACUAAGUGCUACUAAGUGCUACUGAAUUGUACUUGUGACUGUGAUGUUUCUGUGAAGGAUCCGCGAUGCAAUGAACGUUGUUUACGUUAAAAGCAGGUGGAUAUGACGUCACGGACGGACGGACGGAACAUCAAAACAACAACACAUCCAAAUCCGCGAUUCUUCCUUUUUUUUUUUUUUUCCUCCUUCUUCUCAAAAAAAAAAAAAACCUAAUAACAACAUUAAGAAAAAGGGAGCUCGCGCCUUUCCCCCCGCGAGGCAGACAGCGACCCCGAGCGAGUGUGAAACUCUCCACAUUUUGCCCCUUUUUUUCGACGCCCUCGGUAAGAUUAUCUCUUUCUCCUUGUAGUUAAGUUUGUUAGUUAGACCACCAGAGGCGGAGUAGUAUACACACGGUUUGUUGUCGCAUGCGUUUCUCGGUACACAAGCUCGCGUGCACGGGUGUUCGUUAUCUCACACUGGUCUGAAUCGGUACCCCUCCGCGUGCGCCUGUUUUAGCUGCUGUAAAGCGUUUUUCCAUUCGGUGUCCUCUGUGAAACCCUGCCCUGCCCUCAAGACUGUGAGCCGAAUUCUGAUUGGAGGAAUGGAGUGCCAGUCUGUCCUGCACCAGUGAUAAGGCCAGGAGACUCCGGUGGUGACAUCCUGUGGAGCCACACAUCAAAGGCGAGGAGGCUGUUUUACCACCACUGGAACUGAAGAUUGCUUUAAAUAAGCAAGUCAUCGUAGAAGGUUUUUAAGUCAUGAUGCAAGAAUCUGGGACGGAGGCGACGAGCAACGGACCAGCCAAUCAAAAUGGAGGAGCCAGCGUGGAGGGUGGGUCCAGGGAGGUGCGACCCAAAAGCGCCACGCCGUCGGUGGAGGUGACUGCGACUGACCUCCUGCAUCUCCAGCAGCACCAGGCUCUUCAAGUGGCUCGGCAGAUACUCCUCCAGCAGCAGCAACAACAUCAACAGCAGCAGCAGCAGCAGCAGUCCCAGUCACAGCAACUGCAGUCUCAACAAAACACCGGCCGCAAAUCCCCCAAAGUCAACGACAAGCAGCAAAGUCUACAGGUCCCAGUUUCAGUGGCUAUGAUGACACCUCAAGUGAUAACUCCACAGCAAAUGCAGCAGAUCCUUCAGCAGCAAGUCCUGAGCCCUCAGCAGCUCCAGGUUCUUCUCCAGCAGCAACAGGCCCUCAUGUUACAGCAGCAGCAACUCCAAGAGUUCUACAAAAAGCAGCAGGAACAGCUCCACCUCCAGCUUUUACAGCAGCAGCAGCAUGCGGGCAGCAAGCAGAGUAAAGAGCAGCAGGUGUCUGCACAGCAGUUGGCCUUCCAGCAGCAGCUCCUGCAGGUCCAGCAGGUCCAGCAGCAGCAUCUGCUCAACCUUCAGAGGCAAGGGCUGCUCACGAUCCAGCCCGGACAGACCAGCCUGCCGCUGCACUCCCUCACUCAGGGCAUGAUUCCAGCAGAGCUGCAGCAACUGUGGAAGGAGGUGACAAAUGCUCACGUGAAGGAGGAGCACAUCAACAGCAGCAACAACGGCCACCGGGGCCUUGACCUGUCAUCCCCGGCACCGCCAAAGAACCCACUCCUCAACCAGCACGUCUCCACCAACGGGCAGUACAUGAGUCACAAGAGAGAAGGGUCCACACUAGACGAGCCCUCCCACCACAGUCACCCUCUCUACGGUCACGGUGUUUGCAAGUGGCCUGGGUGUGAGGCGGUGUUUGACGAUUUCCAUUCAUUCCUCAAGCAUCUUAACAAUGAGCACGCCCUGGAUGACAGGAGCACGGCCCAGUGUCGGGUGCAAAUGCAGGUCGUACAACAGCUGGAGCUGCAGCUAGCGAAAGACAAAGAGCGUCUGCAAGCUAUGAUGACGCACCUUCAUGUCAAGUCUACGGAGCCCAAAGCAACCCCACAGCCGCUCAACCUGGUGUCCAACGUCACAUUGUCCAAAUCGGCUCCCGAGGCCUCUCCUCCUCUGAGCCUGCCACAGACCCCCACCACACCUACGGCACCCCUCACGCCGCUGACCCAGACCCACUCCGUCAUCACACCGAACAGCCUUCACAAUAUGGGCCCCAUGCGACGACGCUACUCGGAAAAGUACAACAUGCCCAUCUCUCCAGAUCUCAGUCAGAACAAAGAGUUUUACAUGAAUGCAGAUGUUAGACCGCCGUUCACGUACGCUUCAUUAAUAAGACAGGCAAUCCUCGAAUCUCCAGAAAAGCAGCUAACACUAAACGAAAUCUACAACUGGUUCACACGAAUGUUUGCAUAUUUUAGGCGCAACGCAGCGACAUGGAAGAAUGCAGUCCGGCAUAAUCUUAGUCUUCACAAGUGUUUUGUGCGGGUAGAAAACGUAAAAGGGGCUGUGUGGACAGUCGACGAAAUAGAGUUCCAAAAGAGACGGCCUCAAAAGAUCAGUGGAAGUCCAGCCUUAGUGAAGAACAUUCAGACCAGCUUGGGCUAUGGUCCGACCCUCUCUGCCGCCUUCCAGGCUUCAAUGGCAGAAAACAACAUACCUCUAUACACUACUGCUUCCAUUGGAAGUCCCACCCUCAACUCCCUGGCCAACGCCAUCCGUGAGGAGAUGAAUGGAGCGAUGGACCAUGGAAACAGCAACGGCAGUGACAGCAGCCCGGGACGCUCGCCCCUGCCAGCUAUGCAUCACAUCAGCGUUAAGGAGGAACCACUGGACCCCGAAGACCACGAAGGGCCCCUCUCCCUGGUAACGACUGCCAAUCACAGUCCGGAUUUUGAUCACCACAGAGAUUACGACGACGACCAGGGCCACGACGACAUGCUGUAAGGCUAGAGCCGCCUCCCCCCCUCCCCUUCCCCACAGCCUCAGAGGCAGAGGCAGUCUGGGUCAUCUGGGAGACAGAAAACUCUCCGCAGAUACCAAACACUGAACUGCAGUCUCAGCCACUGAAGACAGCGCUCAAAUGUCUCCAAGUUAACUUUUUAGUGCCAUUACAAAAAAAACAUAGCAAAGAACUCACACACACACAAAAAACAAAAUACGCCCCCACACGAGGGAUUUUUUUCCGCUUACUUUCUACUUUUGAUUCAAGUAAAGCUUAAAAAAAAAAGUGAAAACAAACUUCAUUUCUACUCAUGUGUGGGAUCGGACUUGUUUGGUACGGGGUCGACGUGUUCGCGGACGGAGACCCUCACCAUGGAGCCAGGAUGGACUUGCACUCAGCGGACUGCAAGAGAGGGGUUGUGUCUUUCCCCCCACCCACCCACCCCCCAUCCUCUCUGUAUCUCUCUCUCUCUCUCUCUUUCUCUCUCUGCCUCCCUCUCUCAGACACACACCUCUGACCACAAACUCAAGAGAGAGAGAAUGACUGACGUUUAAUUUACACCGUGUGUGUGUGCGAGGGAGAGCAAGCGCGGACUUCAGUUCAUUGUCACUGCCUUCAACACUUCUCAUUGGUUUGUUUCCAUUUCGGACGGGAGGGGUGUUGUUUUUAUUUGGGGUGUAUUAUUUUGUUUGGGGGGUGAGAGGUUAUAGAAUAUCAACAUAAUGUGUCUUUCCAUUCAAUGCUGUUAUUGAUGUCGCAUCUUUUUGUUGUGUUUGUUUCUUUUAAACUGAUCAGACCUCAUGCCCAUGCUGUGGAGAUUCUGUGUGGUCAGCACUCGAUGAUGAAUGUUUAUGAUUUCCUUUCAUGCUGUUCUUUUACACACACACACACAUGAAGCAGAAUGUCAGAUACCAAGUAGUAUUUUUCUGUCAUUUAUUCCACAAUCUUCAAAAGAAAAGAAAAAGAAAAAAACAUGUACCCCACCCCUGACCCCCUCUACCACCACCACCUCCUCCUCCUGCUCAUGAAGUCCAUUGGCAAUGCACUACUCAUAAUGAAGGCUCUCUCCACGCAUCAAUGAAGUUUAAUUUAAGAUGCGAAUGAAUGACAGAGAAAUCAUGCAGGUUAUGAUUUAUCCUUAUGAAAUUAUACUUUAAAACAGCCCCUCACAGCAGAGCAUGUUGAGCUGCAACAGAAUUUCUGAUCACUUACAAGCUCCGGGGUGGGUUUUUUCUUCUCUUUUUUUUUUCGUUAAGGAAAAAUGAAAAUGUCAGGUGUGCACCGGCAAAGAUAAUGAUUUAGACCAACUAAUUGUGAUUCCAGAACACAACUGUCAUUGUUAAUCAAACGUGUCUGCUUUUCCACGCUGUAAUUUCAUUCUGUGCUUGAAGAUAAACGUGCAUUCCCUGUAGAUUUAUUUGUAUCACGCGCAUGGCUAGUUUUAAGUUUUUUAGUGAGUGUUAAUAAUUGCACAGUGGAUGAAAAUGUUCUCUUUUUUUUCAUCAAGGGGUAAAAAAAAAAAGACUUGCAAUAAGACCUAAACAUUGCACAUUCCAGCAUUUGACAGCCGUCAUAAAGGGCCCAAGCAUACAGUCCAUGCCAUUUAGAGAAUGUGGAAACCUCGACUUCAGUGUCAUCCAAAAAGCCAAUAGUUGUAGUCCACAACAUUGAACCGAGUGGAAUCCACAUGUGGUUUUGUGAUGCAGCAACAAAAAUUCCAGCUUUGGUAGAGAGUCAAAUUUAAAAGAGACCAUGAAUUUCAAGACUGCAAUCAACCACUUUUAAUUCAUGUUAUUUAUUAUUAGUAUUGUUAUUAUUUUAUGUUUUACUUGGCUCUUUUUUUUCCUUUUUAGUUGUUGAUGUGUUUGAAUAUCUUGUUCUGUGACUACCAAAGAUAAACUACAAAGUCAAUGUUGUGUGUUCCAUGCAAUAGCAGAUAAGGCCAAAUAUCUCCCCUCCAUUCUCUCCCAUUGGACGAUCUCAGCAGCCGUGAUCGAGCCCGUGGCAGAUCGAAUCGAGGGAAAACGCUCCUCAAACUGGUGUUUUCAUUCAUUUUUAUAGAAAAAAUAAAUAAAUAAACCAAAGGGAGUGUCUUGAACAGGACAGCUGCAGUAAUGUUUGCAGUGACCAAAUCUGAAUGGGAGGCGCUGAUAGUCUGACUACAUUAUGACCAAAUUAGGGAAUUUUUUUUUUCUUUGUCUUUGGGCCAGUGAGUGGAAAAGGGAGCUUUUUGGUCAGGAGCAGAUUUGUGUGCAACAUAAAGGGUAUGUAGAUAAAGGAAGAAUAUACUGGUAAAUGGAAAAAGCUUUGCAGAGAACAAUGUGAAACGGAUUCUAUGCUUCAACUGGACCACACAAUGAUUCAAUGUUUCUCUUCUUUUGUUCCUUAUUCAUCUGUAUCCUUUGUAAUGAUUGUAUGCCACUUUGUAGGGGUUCUAGUGUCUUUGUUGAGAUUGGCAAGACUUUAUGAUUGUGUUUAGUUUCUGUCAACUUAUUACUUUUUAUAUUAAAAAACACUCCUGUCAACUAAUAAGCUGGGUACAAGGUACUUUAUGGCAGUUAUUGUUAUUAUUAUCAUUAUUAUCAUCAUUAUUAUUAUUAUUAUUAUUAUUAUUAUUAUUAUUAUUAAGUUCACCGCUCAUUAAUUAAAAUGGAUAAGGGCAAUCUGUGGUUUCCAGAAGAUGUAUUUAAUGUCCAGGCAGCUGUGGGAUGGGUCAGUUACAGCCGGGCUAGGAUCGUGAGAACGGGGCCUAGCUCGUCCACAAACCUCCAGUCAUGGCCGGUUUGUUUGGUAUUCAGAAAGGAGGAGAACGCGCUGGUAGAUUAGAACAUUCUCAGCAUGUGUAGCUCGACAUUACUAAAGAUAACAGCAUGAGAAAACCGUUUGUACGCAUACCUCAGUUCAAACCUAUAGGGAAUGAUUCAAUUAAACCAGAGAGAAAAGAAAACAAACAAACAUUUCACUCAGUUGCACUUGGUUGUGUGUCUUGCAUGUAUAGUCUGAUACUGUAGAGAGAAAAUUACCACACAAAAAAAAAAAAAUGAAAUUAGAGCUUGUUUAUCCUAAACGUUUCAUCCUGUUUUGUUUUUUUUGCCAAACCAAUCCAAACCUCAGGCCUUUUGUUCAUUCAAAUAUCACCCAGCUGUGUGUGGCACCAUUCAUCCUGUCAAAGCCUGUUCUCUGAUGUACUGAUGGCUUGUUUUAAGAGUGUUCCAAUAUUAGGUUGUACAUACAUGUCAGUAUAGCCUUUUGUCUUUUCCUGUCCUUCCUCCCCGACUCUCUGUCUCGCUCUCUCUCUCUCUUUCUCUUGCUUUUUUUUUUUAAGAUCAAAAAAUACAUUUGUGUUAUGAUGUUUGCUUUAUCGCGACUGCUUUGUAUUAACUAUGAAAUAGCUAUGAGAAAAAAACUGCUGUAUGUAUUGGAAUAGCAAACUGUGCUGCAAAUGUAUUUUACUUAGUAAUCCUUGCUUUAAAACAAAAAAAAAAAAAAAAAAAAAAAAAAGGCAAAAAAAAAAAAAAAUCACAUCAUCCACGCAGACAUCUGGGUGAGCUGGGCAGGGGCAGGCUGGGGGGGAGAUUAUCCCCGAUUUUGGAUUUUAAACUGUAAUAUAGAAAACAGACUUUUCUCUGUUAUCAUUGACCUAAGCAUUUUGUACAGAUUUUUUUCCCUCUUUGUGUUAAGCUGUUUUUUGAUACUUCCUUUUGAUGGUCCAACCACUGCCUUCUGUGGCUGUAUGUUAAAGAUUACUGCUCUGAGAAAAGGGCAGACAGGUAUAUUUCCUCGACAAGGCGGAGAUAUCUUGCAUGACUAAUCCCAGGGUCAGAGAUGGGAGGGGUGGGGAUAUGGUUUAAGUGGUCAGUAAUAAUAUAAGGGUGUAUCAAUCUAAUGAUAUUUUAUAUGAAAUCAAUAGGAAAAAUACAAAAAAAAAAUAUGCAGUGCCAAGAUGUAAAGAAUAUUGUUAAAUGCUGUCUUUUUUUGUUUUGUUUUGGGGUUUUUUUGUUUUGUUUUUUGAAAAAUUCAUUUCACUCGCACAUCAAAGACGUGUCCUUCUCAUCCAUGUCACGUAGGUGAAGCACAUUUUGUUUGGCAUCAAGAUAUUUAUAUUUUUAUCUCAAGGGUCAUUGUAAAUGAGUCAAACCAAGCACAGCAGGCAGGUCAAAGGUCAGACGCUGCUGGAGACUAACGUCCUGCAAACUGCGGCCGUGUGGCAUCAGACCCCCCCCCCUUCGACAUCACACACACACACACACACACACACACUGGCACCCGAGCUAAAACGCCAUUAUUUCAUCCAUCACGAACCAUCCAGCCUGCUGUCACACCGUCCCCCUCUCUCUCACACCACACUUUGUUUUUGGGGUUGGGUUUUUUUUUUUUUCCCAAAUGGGGGGGUGGGGGGCCGCCCAGGAGCUGUCACGGUGCUCUCAUCCUGCAGCAGCUUUUCUUUUCUCUCCUUGUUCUUCUUUGAAGAUGUAUUCUGUAGUUUCUUUUUUUCCUGUUUUGUUUUUUUUCCUUCUUUUUUGAUAAGAAAUAUUAUUGCUCAUCACUUCCAUCAGUCUGUAACCUCCUCAUCAUUCCUCGUCUGUCUGAUGCAGACCACUCUGUUGUAGUCAGUGGCGAUGACUGACGUGAGCAUUCUAAACAUGCAAUAAAAUGCUGGUUGUUCA